AUGUGGCUUAGCGGAAACCACCACGAGUGCGAGUGUGUCGCUGUCGACGACCGAUCUCACCACGUCGACCUCCGACACAGCCACAGCGACACAGACAACGGCGACCUUGACCACGACAUCGUCGUCGACCUCGGCGGUUACAGUAACCUCGACGACCUCGACAGCUUUGACGACCUCAACGUCGUCUUCGUCGACUAUAUCAACAACGAGCACUACUGGCACGACAUCCAGCACCACUUUGUUGACGACUGCUACCACUUCGUCUACCACCUUGAAUACGGAGACUACCUCGACAGCUCAUCGACGAGCGAAAUCAUUACAACAAAUGAUACUGGAGGGAUCACGACGGUGACCACGGUGAUCCCGAUUACUUCAAGUACUGGGGCAGCAACAGGCAGUAGUGCAGCAGCAGCAGCCGCGUCGAGCAGCAGUUCGAGUUCCAGCGGGGGAUUUUGGAACAACAAAGGCGCAGUCGCGGGUGUAUUCACCGUCGUCGGACUGAUCGGCGUCGCGCUUCUCGUAGUUCUCGUUACCACGACCAUCCGCCGACGUCGCGCACGACAAUUUGACCAAGAGCUUGCAGAAGCGGCUGCUGCUGCUCCCGGUCCCGUACCUGUAUACCUCGACGACGACGACGACUUUCCUACUCGCAACAAGAUGGUGGGUGGUGGUGGUGGGUUCUCGGACGCGUCCAGUCAUGGCACGUACGCGCAGAACCCCAUGUCGACAGAGAGCUAUGGAAUGAGCGAGAUUCCUGCUGCGACUGAUUACGGACAGGCUGGAAUUGGGGUGAGUAGGACGAGGAGCAUGGGUGGUCUUCCUGGGGCCGGGGGAUGGCUGAAUGCAGGGGAAGGAGCCUCGCCGUAUCCUGUGUUCAUGCAGGCUGGAGCGCCGCAGCAUCCAGGGUACUACACCGACGUCAAUAACACAGUCCCUGUGGCACCCCAAGCGGCGUAUGGCGCCUACGGUGAACCCCUGUAUCCGGAACGGCAGCAGUCGCCACCGCAAUCGUACCCUGACACUACGACGUCGGAUUUAUCGAGGCAGGGAUCCCAAUCGUUGCUCAGCACCGCCACUUCCCCGACAAGUCCCGGGGAGAGUUAUGCUAGUCACUAUCAGCCUGGGUUUGUCCUUCCGAAUUCUUACGAAGGUGGCCAGCAACCCCAGCCGGAACUGGACGAUGGGAGGCCGAAGAUCCUCAAGGUUGCGAAUGAAUGA